AUGGAUCCUUCAUCACACAAAGUAUCGGUUGCGUCCGCCGGUUCCGGUAUGCAGUUACGAGAGCAUGGCGAUACAACGUUUGACCCGACAACGCAUCGUCUCGUCACUGCAUCGACGCCACGGUCUGCACGAGCGAACGCAGCCAUAUCUACCCCUACUCUACACGAUCAAGAUCUGGUAGAUGUCAUGGCCGAGCUUGAACGUCAUCAAUCUGAUCACCGAGCGGCCUUCGCCUUCGACACAGCUCAAGGCGGUCGUAUCCAUCCGUUAAACGAGGAUGAGCUAAGACACCUCCGCAAGGAAAAAGAUGGUGUCUUCGGUCCAUCUCAGUGGGACACGCCGAACCUUACCGGAGAGUUGCCGUUCACUUUCACAUCGCUACCCAGCCCUGCGGCAGUCGAGAAAGCGAUCAAAAGCGACAUUGGAGGUGAGAAUCACUUCCGUUUCGCACCUUCGCGUGGCUCGCCAGAAGACGAUGCAAAUGCAGUCAUGCGCUUGCUCGACAACAUAGGCAAUCCUAGAUAUUCUGAGCCUGGCGCGGUUGUCCAUAUACAGUCGCCUAUCUUUAACCAGAAGAAGCGCUGGAUACCAGGACGGGAAGGGGACGGUGUACUGGGUCAGUCAGAGUUCCAGAUGACUGUUGCUCCAGCAGGCGAGGUGUUCGAAUUGGAGUACUACGAACACCACUUUUAUACGACGCUGUUGACCGGCUCGAAAGUAUGGUUCACUUUCCCUCCACUGCAAGCCAAUCUAGACCGGCUCCGCAAAGCGUACGAAGCAACCGCUGCGCAAUUCAUGUACCGCAUUAAGCACAUGGAUCUGUGGGUCAGCCAUAAUCUCUUCUGGGACACAGGAGAACAGCUACAAUCCCACCUCGUGCGCUAUGCCUCAGAACUUGCCACUCAUUUCGCGACAAUUAUGACGGGCGACCUCAAGCGCUUCAAAGUCGCCCCCGUGCAGAACCAGAUAUGCAGCGAAUGGGUCAAGGCUGGACCGAAAGAGGUCGCAGAGUUUGAGAACAUGAAAGAGAAGAUUGGCGUACUUUUGUCAUUGAUUGAGGAUGAGGAUGCGAGAGAGAGAAUAGAUGAUGAGAUCCGACAUGCGUGGAUUGAGUUCAUGGAGGAGAAGCGCAAAAAGAGACCAGAAUGCCGGCUAUGUCGCGUACGUAUCGAGCACAUGCCAGCGGGAGAGACGCCAGAUGAGCGGCUGGCACGACAUGUCACCGACGUGCACUGCUCGUACGAGGAGUAA